AAAAAAAUUUUCGCAGCAAAUGCAACAGUAUCACCUCAACUAUUUGAAGAGAAUCAGCGCCAUUCCUUCAGUAUUUUGGUGUUUCGAAACCAAACCAACUCAAUUCAGCCACUUAACUGUAGCGCUUUCAUCUAACAGAUACGUUCAGUCCCAAGCUUUUUGUGAAAGUCAAAAAUUCCGAAUCUACGAUAACCUACCUUUCCCCAGUCCAAACCUUAACCGAGAGUAAGACGUUAGGUUAGUAGCGGAUAACCGAAACUUAUCCACCGAAGAAGUCCGCCGUUUCAAUUACGAUCCGGAAGCACAAAAAUUCAGGUUCGUUUUUUUCACAAAAUAUAACAAUCUCUAAGAUAACAUUUGAAUUUAUCAUAGUGGUG